AAGCUGAGCGGCGAUAUGCGCGAGCUGUACGAUCGGUUACUGCCGUCUCCCGAGAGCGAAGAGCGACGUGCAAGGUUGGUGGAGAAGCUACAUAAGAUGAUGAGUGAUGAAUGGCCGGAAGCGAAUAUACGGGUAAACGUGUUUGGUUCGUCUGGGAACUUGCUGAGCUCGAGUGACUCCGAUGUGGACAUCUGCAUCACGACGUCGAAGCAAGGAUUGGACAGUAUGCAUGCUUUGGCCAUGCUGCUUCAUAGACAUGGCAUGGAGAAGGUCGUUUGCCGCGCUUCUGCGAAGGUACCAAUUGUCAAAUGUUGGGAUCCUGAACUGAGGCUAGCCUGCGAUCUCAACGUCAACAACCCUUUGGCGCUGGAGAACACGCGAAUGAUCAAGACCUAUGUCCAGCUGGACGACCGAGUACGGCCACUUGCAAAGAUUAUCAAGUACUGGACCAAGAGACGGAUACUGAAUGAUGCCGCUUUCGGAGGCACUAUAAGCUCAUACACGUGGAUUUGUAUGAUCAUCAGCUUCCUUCAGCGGCGCAGUCCACCAAUCCUUCCGUCACUUCAGAAGGUCAUGGACAAGCGCAAAGACCCCGACCGUGGCGAACCAUCACGGUUUGCGGACGACGUUGAUGCCCUGAAAGGCUUCGGUGAGGCGAACAAGGAGUCCCAAGCCGAGCUGCUCUUUCAGUUCUUCCGUCAUUACGGCUACGAGUUCGAUUACUCGCAGUACGUAGUGUCAAUCAAAGAAGGUCGACUAAUGUCACGUGAGGAGAAGGGGUGGCAACCCAGUAACUAUCACGAGAAAGAAGCGCAGAAACGCCUCUGCGUGGAAGAGCCCUUCACUACGAAUCGCAAUCUUGGCAAUUCUGCUGACGACUAUGCUUGGUCGGGCGUACACGCCGAACUAAGGCGAGCGUUUGAUCUUCUAGCAGACGGUCAACAAUUGGCAAGGUGCUGCGAAGAAUACGAGUUC